GGAGCUUUUGAUCGUUGCUGAUUAGGUAAGCGAAGCCCUAAGUUUACCGGAGCGUACCAUGGCGCCGCCGUCGCUGCUCUCAGAUCUCUCUUCUUCCGCCACAGCUCGCCUUCUCCCCUUCCGUGCGUCGGAGGCCGCUACCAGGAUUUUCCGCUGCCAUCCGCCGCCCUCUCGCCAACCGAUUCCCUCCAACUCAGUCCCUACCCGUUUGACCUUGUCCCGGCGAUCGAGUUCAUCUUUCGUCUUCGGAGUAGCAGCGACGGAUUCUGGUGCUUCUGCUAAGGUCAUUGAUGGCAAACUGGUCUCGAAGCAAGUAAAAGAUGAAGUCGCUGAAGAAAUUGCUACGAUGAAGGCCGCAACCGGCCAUGUUCCAGGAUUGGCUGUCAUUCUUGUGGGUUCGAGGAAGGAUUCGCAGACGUAUGUCCGCAAUAAGAAGAAGGCUUGUGAGGCGGUGGGCAUAAAAUCAUUCGAGGUUAACUUGCCUGAGGAUGCCACUGAGGAAGAAGUGAUCGAGCAUAUUUCAGAAUUCAACAAUGAUUCAUCUGUUCAUGGGAUUCUCGUUCAGUUGCCCCUUCCCCGUCAUAUGAACGAGGAGACUAUAUUGGGUGCUGUAAACAUUGAGAAAGAUGUGGACGGUUUCCAUCCAUUGAAUAUAGGUCGUCUUGCCAUGCAACGUAGGUACCCGUUGUUUGUUCCUUGUACGCCCAAGGGAUGCAUGGAGCUUUUGCACCGGUAUGGAGUUGAAAUCAAGGGGAAGCGAGCUGUCGUAAUUGGCAGGAGCAACAUUGUUGGCAUGCCAGCUGCAUUGCUUUUGCAAAAAGCGAAUGCAACUGUUAGUAUAGUACACUCCAACACUAAAAAUCCUGAGGAAAUCACAAGGCAAGCAGAUAUUGUUAUUUCAGCUGUUGGGGUUGCUAACUUGGUAAGAGGCAGCUGGAUAAAGCCAGGGGCUACCGUGAUUGAUGUUGGAAUAAACCCUGUUGACGAUGCGGAAAGCCCUCGUGGCUACCGAUUGGUAGGUGAUGUGUGCUACGAGGAAGUUAGCAAAAUCGCAUCUGCUAUCACGCCAGUCCCCGGGGGAGUCGGUCCGAUGACAAUAGCUAUGCUUCUAUCCAACACACUUGAAUCUGCCAAAAGGGCAUACAACUUCAAGUGAUCAAUCUCAUGUCUGUUUUAACUUAUGCAUCAUCUUCUAAAGGUUUUUGCUAACAUCUCCAGUAAAUGUCGAAUAAUUCCAAUCCAUAUUUUUGUUUGAUCUUCAGAGUUCUCCUGUUUUCCAUCGUUUGCGGUGAGGAAUUUAAAUAAUAGCAAACAAUCUCUUUUUAAAUUAUCAUCUCGCAAAUGUUGUAGCAAUUGGCCUUUUUGUUGUUGUCUGUAGAAAUCUCCUCCAGUAAAUGGAGGAACUCAUUGAUAAAUGUAUAAAAGACAUUUUUGAGGGUGGUU